AUGUGCCACAUUUCCGACAGCAAGUCGCACUGUCCGCUGUGCUGGGCGCUGGGCGCUGCCCAGUACUCGCCGGUUGGGUACCCAUACUACGGGUACAGCCCGGUGAGCUACUACGCCGGCGGCGCGUACAACCAUUACGCCCCGACGGUGUACAGCGCGGCGCCAGCCGCUACCGUCAGCUCGCAGUACCACGCUCAGGAUGAGCUGGGCCAGUUCAACUAUGGCUACGCCGGAGGCCCGUCUGCCAAGAACGAGUUCAGGAGGUUCGAUGGCGCCACCGUUGGCAGCUACAGCUACAUAGACGCCAACGGCAAGGUGCAGACCGUCUCCUACACGGCCGACGAUGUCAACGGCUUCCAGGUGAAGGCGACCAACCUUCCUGUGGCCCCGGAGGCGAACCUGCAGGCGCCCGAGUUCAACCUGGAGGCGCCCGUGUUCGACGGCGUGGCUCCCGAGCCGGUGCAGGACACGGCCGAGGUGGCCGCCGCCAAGGCCGAGUUCCGCAAGAAGUACGCCGAGGCGGCGGCCACCUUCAAGACGGUCAGUCUGGAUAAGGUGAAGGCCGACACCCCGGCCGACACCACCCUGCUGAAGGUCACCGAGAAGGAGCACGAGACGUACGUGCCCAGCGUGGUCUCUUACGCCGCCCCCGCCGUCCACUACACCACCCCCGUGGUCUCCUACGCUGUCCCCGAGGUGAAGAAGGUUGAGGCCACCUUCAAGACGGCCACCCUGGAUAAGGUGGAGGCCGACACCCCGGCCGACACCAGCCUGCUCAAGGUGACUGAGAAGGAGCACGAGACGUACGUGCCCAGCGUGGUCCCUUACGCCGCCCCCGCCGUCCAUUACACCGCCCCGGUGGUUUCCUACGCUGUCCCCGAGGUGAAGAAGGUUGAGGUCACCGAGAAGGAGCACGAGACGUACGUGCCCAGCGUGGUCUCUUACGCCGCCCCCGCUGUCCACUACACCGCCCCCGUCGUUCGCUACGCCGUCCCGGAGGUGAAGAAGGUCGAGGUCAAGACGGCCCCCAUCACCUACGCUGCCUCUCCCCUUCCCCUGACCUAUGGUCUCCACCCGUACAGCUUCGGCACUCCUCUGAUCUACAACGUGGAGGCCAAGGCUGCUGAAGUCGAGGAGAAGGCUGAAUAA